AAUUUGUUUUUCUUUUUAAAAAUUUGAUUGGACACAUCCAUUUUGUUUGAAGACCCCUAAAUAGAGAGUGAGGGAGCUACUAAAGAAAAGUGCUCUCUCCUCCAUCCUUCAAUAUAGUAUGAACAUCACAGUCAUCACCCCCAAUAUAGAGUAUGUCCAAAACCCUAAUUACUGACACUACUCCAUUAUUAUUAUUAUUAUUGUAGUAUUCUAUACAUUUUCACAGAAUGUGCAGCAAGCAUUUCAAAGAACUAGAUAUGUCCUCCCAGAGUUUGUUUUACAGGGCAAGGAUGAAGCUGAGGAUGCCUCCUGCCACAGCCAUUCUCUUAUUUAUCUACCUCAUUGUCUCCUUCUCACAUCUAGUUAAUGCCCAACUCAAUCUUACCCUUCCUAACCAACACCCUUAUCCUGAAUCUGUUGUUCACCAACUACAAAGGAAAGUCAAUGAGUCCAGAUUACUACUCCAGACAACUGUAAGAGAUAACAAAUGUCAGAGUACAGGAAACCCAAUAGACGAUUGCUGGCAAUGCGACCCAAACUGGGCCAAAGACCGGCAAAGGCUAGCAGACUGCUCCAUUGGUUUCGGUCAGGGUGCAAUGGGUGGGAAAGGAGGUCAGAUCUACGUAGUCAGAGACUCCUCAGACAGAGACACCGUCAACCCAACUCCGGGCACUCUCCGUCACGCCGUUGUUCAAGAGGAACCUCUUUGGAUCGUGUUUGCAGCAGACAUGGUCAUAAAGCUAAAGCAUGAGCUUAUUAUCAACAACUACAAGACCAUCGACGGACGGGGAGCAAAUGUUCACAUCACCGGCAAUGGGUGUAUUACAUUACAGUAUGUGAGCAAUGUGAUUAUACAUAAUGUUCAUAUUUACAAUUGUGUCCCUUCGGGUAAUACUAACAUACGGUCGAGCCCUACGCAUGUUGGGUGGAGAGGCAAAUCGGAUGGUGAUGGUAUAUCCAUCUUUGGAUCUCAUAAUAUCUGGAUUGAUCACUGUGCAUUAUCUCAUUGUACCGACGGCUUGAUUGAUGCGAUCAUGGGGUCUACUGCUAUUACCAUAUCGAAUAACUAUUUUAGUCAUCAUGAUGAUGUUAUGCUCUUGGGACAUGAUGAUUAUUUAACAAAUUUUCUAUAA